AUGUCCGCCACAGAGACCACCCCCCGCACCCGCCGCAUCACCGUCCUCAUCUCAGGAUCGGGCACCAACCUACAGGCGCUGCUCGACGCCGCUGGCACCCCCCGCUUGCCCAACGCAGCCAUCACUACCGUCAUCUCCUCCCGUUCGAACGCAUUCGGCCUCACCCGCGCCCGCACCCACUCUCCCCCCAUCCCCACCUCCGUAUGCGCUCUGAAGACGUUCCAGAACCGCAACCCAGGGGCCACAAGGGAGCACUAUGAUGCCGAGGUAGCGAGGCAGGUCUUGGAGAGCAAGCCGGAUAUGGUCGUCCUUGCUGGGUGGAUGCAUAUCCUCUCGGACAGGUUUUUGGAUAUCCUUGAUGGCAAAAAGGAGCCCCCAUCUGCCCCUGCCCUCCCCCCUCCCGCCCCGAGCAGCGCCCCCACCCAGGCCAAGCCCACUCCCUCCAACCCCACGACCGCCCCCGUAUCUUCCCUUCCCGAACCCCCAGCGACCCAAACGUUCCCUAUCCCCAUCAUCAAUCUCCACCCCGCUCUUCCCGGUGCUUUCGACGGUGCCCACGCCAUCGAGAGGACGCUGGAGGCGUUCAAGCAGGGAGUGGUCAAGUGUGCGGGUGUGAUGGUGCACAGGGUGGUUGCGGAGGUAGACAGGGGAGAGCCGCUACUUGUGAGAGAGGUGGAGAUCAAGCAGGAGGACAAGUUGGAGGAUUUGGAAGAGAGAAUACAUGGAGUUGAGCACGGUAUUAUUGUUGAUGGUGCUCGUCUUAUUCUGGAACAACUCGACAAGGAGCAAUGA